AUGGCGCUCAUUCACACGCCGACGCCGGAUAGUUUCCUCGACGGCAUCACCCGGCGCACGGUCAUCGAGCUCGCCGAAAAGCGCGGUUACGAGGUCGUAGAGCGCGCCGUCAUGCCCGACGAGAUUGCGAAGAGCGACGAGAUUUUCCUGACCGGCACCGCCGCCGAGGUGACGCCCGUCGGCGCGAUCGACGAUCACAAUUUCCAGGUGGGCCGAUCACCCGCACCCUGA